AUGGCUUCUCCGAGUUCCUUCACCUACUAUUGCCCUCCAUCUUCCUCACCUGUGUGGUCAGAGCCGCUGUACAGUCUGAGGCCGGAGCACGCGCGGGAGCGGUUGCAGGACGACUCGGUGGAAACAGUCACGUCCAUAGAACAGGCAAAAGUAGAAGAAAAGAUCCAAGACGUCUUCAGUUCUUACAAGUUCAACCACCUUGUACCAAGGCUUAUUUUGCAGAGGGAGAAGCACUUCCAUUACCUGAAAAGAGGCCUUCGACAGCUGACCGACGCCUAUGAGUGUCUGGAUGCCAGCCGCCCAUGGCUCUGCUACUGGAUUCUGCACAGCUUGGAGCUACUGGAUGAACCCAUCCCCCAGAUGGUGGCCACAGACGUGUGUCAGUUCCUGGAGCUGUGUCAAAGUCCAGAAGGUGGCUUUGGAGGGGGCCCUGGCCAGUACCCACACCUUGCACCCACGUAUGCAGCCGUCAAUGCACUAUGCAUCAUUGGCACCGAGGAAGCCUAUGACGUCAUUAACAGAGAGAAGCUUCUUCAGUAUUUGUACUCGUUGAAGCAACCUGAUGGCUCUUUUCUCAUGCACGUUGGAGGUGAGGUGGAUGUGAGAAGUGCAUACUGUGCUGCUUCCGUGGCUUCUCUGACCAACAUCAUCACCCCAGAUCUCUUUGAGGGCACCGCCGAAUGGAUAGCGAGGUGUCAGAAUUGGGAAGGUGGAAUUGGUGGGGUUCCAGGGAUGGAAGCGCACGGCGGCUACACUUUCUGCGGCCUGGCCGCACUGGUCAUCCUCAAAAAGGAACGCUCCUUGAACUUGAAGAGCCUAUUGCAAUGGGUGACAAGCCGGCAGAUGCGGUUCGAAGGUGGAUUUCAGGGCCGCUGCAACAAGCUGGUGGACGGCUGCUACUCCUUCUGGCAGGCGGGGCUGCUGCCCCUGCUGCACCGCGCACUGCAUGCUCAAGGCGACCCUGCCCUCAGCAUGAGCCACUGGAUGUUUCAUCAGCAGGCCCUGCAGGAGUACAUUCUUAUGUGCUGCCAGUGCCCCGCCGGGGGGCUUCUGGAUAAGCCUGGCAAGUCUCGGGACUUCUACCACACCUGCUACUGCCUGAGCGGCCUGUCCAUAGCCCAGCACUUCGGCAGUGGAGCCAUGUUGCACGAUGUGGUCCUGGGUGUGCCCGAAAAUGCUCUGCAGCCCACUCACCCUGUGUACAAUAUUGGACCAGAUAAGGUGAUCCAGGCCACCAUGCACUUCCUGCAGAAGCCAGUCCCGGGCUUUGAGGAACAUGACGAGGCACCAGGAGAGACUGCCACCGACUAGAAGACCCAGGGCCCCUGGCUCUAUGUUCACCCACCUCCCCGGUCAGACCCAGGUUUAUGCAUUUCGAUACAUACUGCAUUCUGUGCUGCAGAAGCCUUGGCCACUAGGGAGCUGUGGUCCUUUGUCCUUUUCUUGUCAAACAAAACAAAACUGAUGGCCCUGGGUUUGGAGAAAAUAGUGGCGUGGUUUUUAAAAAAUUCUUUCCACUUCCGUCAAACCAAAAAUCUGUCAGCCCGUGCGGCAUCUAAACCCGGCUCUGGCCUGGCCAGGAUUGUUGGGGAAUGGUGCAUGCUGGGCAGGACCAGUCCCUCGCCGCCAGCUCUCCGGCCCGGACAGUCGUACUGAAAUGAACGGUGUCUAUGAGUCACUGCUGCGAUUCCCCUCUGCACGCCACCAUUAAGUCACCAGGAAGGUGCCCUCCCCUGAGUGGAAAUAAGUCUAUUCCGUGCCGAGGGGGAGGGGGAGCUUUGGUCCCAUCACAGUGAAUUCUCUAGAAAAAAAUCAUGGUGGGACUUCACUAGGAGGUGCCCUACCUCUCACCUUCCACCUCAGUCAUUUGCAAGGGAAAGGAGCUGGGGGUGGGGGAGAAAGAUCUCCUUGAGUUGUGAGUCCCUCCCCCUCCGCACUGGAGAACUGAGCCACACUUCUCCCCAGGGCGGGACUCGCUUCAGCCACAGGGGUGGUGACUUAGACCCAGGAAACCAAUUAUGAGUGGAAAAUGAACCUCUAGUUCAUUUCUGUGUCCGAGGAAGCAGCCCCAGUGCCCGCCCCCCGUCAUGUAUGUGAAAUACCCUUCUCGUGUCCUCAAGGCCGCACCUGCAGCCUGUGGCCAUUGUGCGUGUUUCCAUCUUUCUUCCAUCAGACUCCCAGCCCAUCACCCUCAGAGACGGUGUUGUCUUCUCUCAUCUGGAGUAUUAACACUACUAAGUCUUUCACCUUAAUUUGACUCAGGAUUUAUUCACAUCCUGCCCACUCUAGUCUCACAGAGAUAAAAUCAAGUGCUAGAUAGGCUGGCUGCUCAGCCGGCUGUGGCAGGACUGAGUGCCGCCCAGCGUGCUCAGCCUGGCAGGGCCUCUGCUGCUCCCGGGGAACCCUUUCUCGGUCAGCGGGGCGUUGAGUUGGGCCAUCUGUCCGCUGCUACAGUCACGGCACACUCCGUGCAGCUGACCUGGCCUUCAUGUACGCAGCCCCGGACUGCGAGCAGACAGGAGCCUGGAGGUGCGGCACGAGGCUCUUCUCAAAACUCUGGCCGUCUGCUGCCUCUCAUUCCCUAUUGCUUUGGCGGAUUGGGCUAUGUAUUACCUCCUUGAAAUAAUAAAAGAAUAACAUUUUC